UAUUGUACCGAUGAAUUAGUUUCUGUAAAGUGGCGCUGUUGUCAACGUCGGCGCGAUAGCUCUGAGGCUAUCUUACCGAUAGUCGGUGUAAUAGACACUGCCUUCUAGAAACCCAUAACAUUUCAAAACAAAAGACUAAGUUAAACACAAAGAAAAGUUUAUUAGUUGUGAACAGAAUUAUACUUAUAAAAUGCCUUUACUUUAUUUUCAUUCUCAAGCGUUUCUCCAAAUGACAGAACUACGUUAGUAUUGUAAUUGUAUGUGUCGUGUAAAUUUAAUACAAUGGCUGAAUUCGAUGCAAUAUACGAAGAAGAAGUUGAAGAACGUUUUACUGAAGAAUUUCUAAUUGACCCUGUUAUUAUUCGGGGAGCUGGAAAUAUGACAGUAUUUGGACUAAGUAACAGAUUUGAAUCUGAAUUCCCAUCUACUCUAUGUGGUAGAGUAGCUCCAGAGGAGUACAAAGCUACAAUAACAAGAAUAAAUUGUGUUCUACGAAAAACACUUCCAGUAAAUGUGAAAUGGCUUUUCUGUGGCUGUCUAUGUUGCUGUUGUACGCUAGGUUGUUCUUUAUGGCCUGUUAUAUGUUUAAGUAAAAGAACUCGCCAUUCUAUUGAUAAAGUUUUGGAAUGGGAGAAUAAUCAUCUGUAUCAUAAGCUUGGGUUACAUUGGAGACUAAAUAAACAAUGGUGCGAUUCCAAUAGUAUGAUGGAAUAUGUGUUGCUUAUUGAAUUUAUUCCGAAGAUACCCAUCCACCGUCCAGAUUAAAAUUAAAUAGUAUCUAGAAAAAAAAAUACUGUUUUUAUCAGUCACUUAGCAUGGUUUUUGGUGUAGAUUGGUUGUAUACUGACAACUUUCUUUCACAAGUUUGUGAUUUUACCCAAAGUGACUUAAAGCAAAAUAACUGAUUGCAUGACAGUAUAAUAUUAUUUUGAUGGUAUUAAACUAUUUGUCAAGAAAGUAUCUUAUUAGAAUAUGGGGAUACCAACUUACUACAGAUUUUCUAUAGUUACUAUUCAAUUUCACUAUGUACUUAGUUCUAUCUAACCUAAAUUAACGAAUUCACUUGUGUGAUGGCUGAUAAUCAAGACUUUACCCCACCACAAUACAGCUUUCCCUCCCUGUUCUCAAAUAGCUGUACUAAGCUAAGAAAAAACCUAAAUGGAAACAGUUAUACAAAAACAAUUGAAGUUUUAUUGACAGGUGUACUGUGUGUAAACCCAUGGUCACAUGUCAUACUUCAAUGUACUGGUCUAUUUCCUAGAGUAACAAAAUGUAUGUAACACGUUUGAAACACAAUGUUUUGUCAGCCUGAGUGACCUCUUCAUGUCAAGUUCUAUUAAAGACCUUGUUCAUUCAUCCCCUUUGUUGCAUGAUUUAGCAGAACUGUAUCAUACUAUAAAUGGCAUUGAUAGCAAGUGUGGUUCAGCUGAACUGCAUCACACUUGCUAUCAAUACCAUUAGUAGUGUGGUGCUGUUCUACUAAAUCAUACAAGAAGAGUAAGUGAACAUGGUCUUUUACAUGGAUUCACAUGAAGGGAUCACUAGGGCUGUAAAUACAGUUGCAUUGUUUAAUAGACUCUUACAGGAACUAGACUAUUUUGUUCAUGUAUGCUGUGUGACCCAGGGUUUGCACACAGUACUGCUGUAAGUGAAACUUGAAUUGUUUCUGUACUUAGAAAAAGAUUUGUUUUUGAUGGUUUAGCCUUUUAGUUUAAUUCCAUAACCCUCCCCAAGGAAAUUAUGAAUAAAGUUGUACUGCCUUUGCUUAACUCUAGUGACAGCAAUAAAGUCCACCACAUGCACGAAGAUUUAUUUAUUCUAGACAAUUAUUAAGAAAAAUAAACCCACAUGUCAUAACAGCCAUUACUUUUUCAAUGAAAAAUAAAUAUAAAUUAUUCACUAAAGUUGUAAAUAAAAAUUUUAAGUUUUUAUUUUAUAUUACUUUUAAAAAAAAAACUUCAGUAACUAGGAAAAUUUAUUAUUAGAGUUUGGCGUCCCCGUUAAGUCUGCAUGUAUUUGUUCUACUGAAGAAAAAAAAUCGUUGUGUGUCUGAUAGUCUGCACCUGUUAUUUUGUGUUAAAGAUUCCUGUUUUCCUAUUAUAUAUUUGUAAUUUGUGUACUGUUUUAUGUCUUAUUUCUGUUGUUGACACAAAUAACUCUAAAACUGUAUAUCUAAAAUAUAUUCAUAUGGUGACUAACCAAAAGUCGAUAAACAUGUAUUCCCAUUAAACUAAUACAUUUCAUGUGUGUUGAUCGUGUUAGUAAAUCACGUUUUAUUGUGAUAAAGAUCACAUUUUAAAGUGAUCUUUAUUAAGUUUGCUAAAUAAUAAAUGUGUCAGAUUGUAUAACUGUGAAUUAUUUAAAGAUUUGUUAAAAUUGAACAUGUAGAUUCCUGAUUAUCUGAAACAAGAUAUACUGUUAACCGACAUCUUGCCAACUGUUUCAAACUAUUUUUUGAAUCAUGCCGCACAAACUUAGAAUGUUUGUAACAUUGUUUACACUUUUUUUUAAUGUAUAGUUAUAUUGGAAACAUCUUAACAAAAUUACAAUUUUAAACAGAGUUUUAAAUCAUCCGAUUGGCUAUCUCUAAAAAAUGAUUUCAAUUAAAAGUUCAAUAAUCAAUUACAACUAAUAAAAGAGUCAUAAAUUAAAGUAAAAUUACUGAUUGUGUUCAUAAAAGUUUUUUUUUAAUUUAAUUUAAAAAUGAUUUUAAAAUUUAAAACAUUUUUUAUUAUAGCUUAAUUUGUAAAACAUGUUUCUGAAGUUUUAUGUUAUUGCAUUAAGCUUACCUUUUUUUUCAAAAUAGCUGUGGCAUGUUUGUCUUCUAUAUAUCUCAAACAAAUUACUAUUUUCUUGAGGAUAUGCUAAUAAUUACAAAUUAGCACAUCUUCAAGAAAAUAUGUUUUAAUUGAAAUUUAAGACUAUUUAAAUAAUAAAACUUAACAUUUGCAAUAUUUGAGGUUGUUAAAGAGUUAUGAAACUAUCAGGGACCGCAGAAUGGGGGGGGGCAGAGGGGGCUUUCAUAAAAUGACACUGCCCCUUCUAAAAUAAUAAAAUUAGGGAUAAAUAAUUUUCAGGUAAGCAAUUUCUUUCAUUGAUUUUAUUUUAAUUUUAAAACAAUUCAAAUCAUGAAGAUAAAAUUGCAAGCUCAAACUCUUGGUUGCCAUUUUAUGAUAUUCAGAUAAUUUGGGAAUUUAUAUAGAGGGGGAGUGGGAGAGAGUCCCCCCCCCCACACACACACACUUGAGAUACUUCCGCGAUGACUGAAAGUUAUCCUGAUUUAACAUACUAACAUUAAUAAAUCUAACAUUUGUAAUGUUGAUUUAGCAAAGCUGACCAAAAUCAGGAGUUAAUGUGGCAAAUGUUUAGUUAUUUUGGAUUAAUUCACCUAUAUUGUUUUACUUUAUGGCAGUAAUAAAUACACUUAUACUUUAAUGUAUUUUUUAAGUGUUGGAUAAUCAGGGAUAUACUGUACUUAUUUUGUUGUUGAAAAAGUUAUACAUAUGUAAACAAUAAAAUUAAGCAAUAAGUCUAAUUUAUUGUAAAUUCUUUGUUGUUUUUGUCUAGAAAUAAUUAACCCACCUGUAAUAUAUCUUUGUUUUAUUAAAUUAUUAUGUCUAGUAUUGAUGUGUUGUGCAGUGUGAAACAUCUGGUACCCUACCAUGAGCUCUGAAGAAAUUAGUUCCAUCUGGGUAUGACAACACUGCCAAAAGGGAAUUUUUUUUUAGGAACCACAAGAUUUCAUUGAAAUAGUUUCUUUGCAAAAAAAUCCACCUAGUUUUUUUUCCAAGUCAGUCUCUACUACCCAAAAUCCUCAUUCUUGAAAGAAUCAAUGAUUGUUGGUGACUGCACCUGUUAAUCUGUUGGUUUUUUCUAUU